AUGGCGAAGGAAAAACAGGCUGAGCGCUGGAUGGCCGGGGGCGUCCUGUGGCGCUCUAUCAAUGUGAAACAGACUGGUCCUGAGGCCGGCGGGGGGGACGGCGGGGGGAGGAUGGGGGGACGUCUCCGCCGCUCUCAGCUGCUUUCUUCCAGAAACAGGCGCAGACACAGACCAACAGCUGAAACGCAUCUUCAGGACGGCGGCGGCGGCGGAAACAUCUGGUUUGAUAUUUUCGCUGCGACUCUGAAAGGAAAUUGA